AAGAGAGUGAGAGCCUGAGAGGAACAUUAUCCACUGCAUCCCCAUGAGACCAUGGGUCCCACUCCACCGCAAAACAGUCUGUCACGUGUCAUCACCUCCCUAUACCUACAGGACACGUGUCUACACCAAAUCGAGUGAACAUGUGACGUGUCGUCACCAAACCUGAGCCGCUAACCACUGCCUGAUCUGGAGGGUAUAUCCGUAACUUAAAAUCCUUUUGUCGUCUACCCGUAAACAGACAACUUUUAAGAACUACAAAAACGUACAAGUUGGCCAGUUGUGUCUUGCAAGAUUUAAUUAAUUUUAAUUCAAGUGCCGACCUCACACAGAAAAAGAUAUGUUUAACACGUGGACCAAUGAAAGAGUUGCUUUAGAUGGAGGAGUAAUCUAAGCCACAAAUCUCGUUUGUGAAUUCUAAGCCACUAACUAAAGUUCAAACUCACGCGCUCUCCACUUCCUCUCUUCAACUUGCUUCUUUGUCUUCUCUCUCUUUCCUCCUUCGCACUCACAAAUCUACAGAAGAUAGAAGAAGAUAGACUCAUAAUCUUUUGGAUUUGGAUUUAGAUCUGAUCAUAAAGGUUAAAGUAUCAUUCAUGGAUCGUUAUUCGAGGAGGAAUUUAGAGGAUCUUGUUGUGCCUAACUAUCAAGAGACAUCAGAUUCGUACCCUUCUCCUGAUAUGUGGGGUACUGGAUGGAGCAUGAACUCUUCAGAAGCUGCUGAGAAAUGUUUUGAUUAUGAUGUGAUUCACAAUGGUUUCAGUGGAGGAUUAUACAGUCAGAUGGAGAUGGAUAUGGGAACUAGUGAACAAGUAGAAGAAGAAACUAAGAAGUUAAAGGCUAGUGGUUGUUUUGACCGUUCGCUUCAUGAUUUUGAUGAAAUCCAACACAUGGAUGACAUGUUCUUAAGUUCCAUUUUGGAGGAUGUUCCAGGGAAUGAGAAUUUUCUUUCUUUCAAGGAGUCGGAUAAUAACAACAGCUCCAGUUCCUCCUAUCUCGACACAACUGAUGGCAGGGAAGUCCCUUUGUUCCAUUACAACUGGGAAACUUGUCAAGAUAUGCCACUUAUGGAGGAGGAUGCACCUAUGAAUCUGUGUGAGGAGAACAAGGAGGAGGCAUCUGCUGAAGAAGUUGUGUUGCAGGAUCUACAAAGGGCUACAGAAAUGUUGACUGAUGAUACCCGCAAGUGCUUCCGCGAUACCUUUUACCGGCUUGCAAAGAACUCACAACAGAAGUCAGACUCCAACUCGGAUGAGUUCCUUGAGGAUAGAACCAGUAGGGAAACUGAAUUUGAAACCAAACUCAAUCGACAGAGCCGUGGCCAAUCUCACAUUCAACAAGAUGGAAUCCAACAUGAGAAAUAUGCCUCCACCGAAGAGACUUUCUUCUGUUCAAGGAUAAGAGAGUUUCAUCAUAUUUGGUAAUACCAUAUGUGUAUAUAAUAUAUAUGUGUGUGUGUAUGUGUGCUUGGCUUGACUUUUUCCAAGCUUCAGUUUUGAUCUGUUUCAUUAGACUCUGACUCUGCUUCUGGAUUUCCAAUUUCUUAUGCUAUAUGUUAUUUACCGAGUGAACCUGUGAAUGUACAUUACCCCAUGUAGAAUCUGUUGUUUCAAUGUAUCAAAAAAGAUAUUCUUCAGACCUUUUGUUAAUUUGUUGAUAAGAGGAGACACAGAAACAUAUCUAAGUGGGAAACGACCUUGGGAAACAGCAAAGCAGAGGAAUUAGUCU